AUGUCAAAUUCGUGUAUCAUCGCUGCCGCAGCAGGCGCAUUCUUUCACAAUAUUUAUAAAAGCGACAAUGAAAACCUCGCAAGUAGACAAGGUCAAAAACUCGCAUUUAAGCUUGUGUCGAUGGUGGUAGUGUCGCUAUGGACAAAUAUACUUGUCUAUCGAGCAUUUUUUCACCCCCUGAGGCAUUUUCCCGGUCCAUUUGGUGCUAGACUUUCCAAAUUUUGGAGCUUGGGAAAAGUUAUGCAAUCAAAAUUUAGGUGGUACCAGGUUCUUGGUGACUUGAAAGAGGAGUAUGGGGAUUAUGUUAGGACAGCCCUCACCGACUAUGGACCCCGCAUCGAAGAGUUCACAACAUUAUUUCUUUCCCGUCUUUCUAAAAGUGUAGCUACUCAGGUAGUCAUCAAUGAUUUAUGUAUUUAUUACAGUUAUGAUGUCAUAAGUGCAUUAGCAUUCGGUAUUUUCACGCAAUUUUUAGAUGGAACGCAAACAGCCGAAGUCAAAAAUAUUUUAGAUAAUAUCCAAAGUGGCAUAGUCGCUAUAGGACUUCUAGUCCAUGUUCCAUGGGUUUUGACAAUUCUUGAGACAUUGAGUGUUCUAGGGGGCCCAAUGAAAGAGUUUAACGACUGGUCGGCAUGCCAGGUAGAAGCGAGAAGACAUAUGCAAAAUCCAAAACCAGACAUCAUGGGUCAUCUUAUUGAACACACUGAAAAUACAUCCUCUGGCCGCGCUCUCCUAAACGCCGACUCCCGCGUGAUUAUAGGAGCAGGAAGUGACACUACCGCUUCAACACUUUCGGUCCUCUUUAUUAUUCUUGCCAAUUAUCCACAUUACCAAGCUCAACUUCACAAAGAAUUGACAUCGAUAUUCAAGGACGAGAAAUAUAGUAAUUUAAGGACCUCGCCACUGCUUGAUGGUAUCAUUCAAGAAGCCCUAAGACUGUAUCCGUCUGUUACCUUUACAUCUCAGAGGGUCAUACCUAAGGAUGGGCUGAGUAUUGGGACGGUAUAUAUACCUGGUGAUACCGUUGUUAGUAUUGCAACCUGGCAAAUACAGCGCGACCAUCGCAAUUUCAAGGAUCCAACCCAAUUUAUUCCUGAGCGCUGGACAACUCGUCCAGAGCUCGUUCUUAACAAAUCCGCCUACCUGCCAUUUUCAAUGGGUGCAUAUAGUUGUAUUGGAAAAGGGCUCGCGAUGAUGGAACUACGUUCCGUGAUUGCGAGAACCAUACUUGAGUAUGAAGUGCUCUUUCCAGAGAAUACGAAGUUUGAUGAGAAGGCGUUCUUUAAUGAGAUUAAAGAUCAUUUCACGAGUGGGGUGCCGAAAUGUGAAUUGGUAUUUAAGAGGAGGUGA